GAUCUUUUGCGGAGAGAGCCCGAAGGAAGAAAGAAGAAGGCACGAUUUCCAACGUCCACCAAUUUCCCGCCGCGAACCCAAGCACAACCAUCAAAGCACCUCUCGCCGCAGCAAGAGUUGAUCAAGUAGUGACCAGACCAGCAUAACAAGUUAGCUAGAACAGAAUGAGAUCAUGGCCUCUUCCUUGCCCAAAAGCGCUUCGGAAGACACGUCGCGUCAGCUAAUGCAAAUGGUGUGGAUUGGAGCGUUAUUCUAUGCAAUAUCCGUCAUUUUGAAUGCCGCUUAUAGGAUCCGCAUGCAUGCCAUCGAGGAGUAUGGGCCCGUCAUUCAUGAAUUUGAUCCCUAUUUCAACUAUCGAGCCACAGAGUACCUCGCCGCCAAUGGCAUGCAUAAAUUCUUCCAUUGGUUUGACUACAAGGUUUGGUAUCCCUUGGGACGACCUGUGGGAACGACGAUUUAUCCUGGCAUGCAAGUCACAGCCGUGGCCAUUCACAGGUACCUCUUGAGUCAUUGGAGUCUCAACGAUGUCUGUUGCUACAUGCCGGCUUGGUUUGGAGCCAUUGCUACCUUGAUUACUGGAUUGUUGGCCUACGAAGCUUCGCUCCCGCAGAAUACCAGCUCUAAUUUGAUCCAGUUUUUGUGGGAUAUUGUGCAGGGAACCUGCGGAAGAAACCACAUCAAACCUGCCAAAAGCAACAAUUCAUUUUCCAAUUUGUCACCAGCAUUGGAAUGCGCUGUCUUUGCCAUGGCCAUGAUGAGCAUUGUACCGGCCCAUUUAAUGAGAAGUGUGGGAGGAGGAUUCGACAAUGAAUCUGUUGCUACCACCGCCAUGAUUCUGACCUUUUACUGUUGGAUGAGAUCUCUCCGAAACGGAAAUGAUGUCAAUACUAUCGUCGUAUAUGGAUGUCUCACUGGACUCUCCUACUUUUACAUGGUUGCGACCUGGGGAGGCUUUGUGUUUGUUCUGAAUUUAAUUGGUGUCCACGCGGCCAUGUUGGUGGGAUUGGGACGAUUCUCCGAUAAGGUCUGGUUGAGCUAUUCGCUUUUCUAUUCUAUUGGUACGUUGUUGGCCAUUCAGGUCCCCGUCGUGGGAUGGGCUCCUCUCAGGUCACUCGAACAGUUAGGACCCUGCGGAGUAUUUCUUGGAUACCAAGUCUUGCAGUUCUGCGAAGUCAUUCGAAGACGCAACAAUCUGUCCAGAACGGCCGCCUGGAAGCUCCGGAUUCAAGUAUGUGUGGCAUUGGCGGGCGCCUUGUGCAUCUUUGCCUUCUUUUUGGCUCCAUCCGGCUACUUUGGACCCAUCAGUUCCCGCGUUCGAGGACUCUUUGUGCAACAUACCAAAACUGGAAAUCCUUUGGUUGACAGUGUCGCAGAGCAUCAACCUGCUUCAAGUCGAGCCUACUUUCAAUACCUCCACCACGUUUGUUCUGUGGCUCCCAUUGGAUAUGUGUUGGUCAUGUGCAAUCUAAGUGACUCGUCGUCCUUCUUGAUUGCGUGGGGAGCAGUGGCGUACUUUUUCAGUCAUAAAAUGGUCCGACUCAUCCUCUUGACCGCUCCCAUUGGUAGUGUACUCGGAGGCAUCGCUGCUGGAAGACUCUUUUCCUGGUGUCUCCAGCAGUGGUGGGAAAGUGAUGUUGAUUCAUCGUCCAAUGGCAGUGCCAACGAGGAACACAACAAAGGAAAAGACAGCAAAAAAAGUAAGAAAACCAAAAAGAACACUCCUGGAGGAGCACCAUCAGCGGCUUCUUCGGCAUCUGCCAGCACUAAAUCCAAAGGGAGUGGGAGCAACAGUUUUGAAGGCCUUCUUUCGCUGAAGCAUGCUUAUGAAACAGCUUCAAAGAGCAAAGAAGGUCUGUUUGUUCGACGCACCAUCACAGCCGUCAUAGUCUUGUUGGGAUACACCGUUGGUACGAGCUUCACCAAGUACUGCUGGCGACUCUCAAAAGAUCUUUCCAAUCCAAGUAUCAUUAUCCAAGGUCGCCUCAAAGAUGGUCGAGUGGUCAAGGUCGACGAUUACCGUGAAGCGUACUGGUGGCUCCGAGACAAUACACCAGAAGAUGCUCGCAUCAUGGCAUGGUGGGACUAUGGAUAUCAGAUUACUGGUAUCAGCAAUCGUACCACAAUCGCCGAUGGGAACACAUGGAAUCACGAGCACAUUGCACUUCUUGGCCUGGCUCUAACGACUGACAUUGACGAGGGCUAUGAGAUUGCUCGUCAUCUGGCUGACUAUGUCCUUGUAUGGGGCGGAGGUGGUGGAGAUGAUCUCGCCAAAUCCCCCCACUUGGCUCGAAUUGCCAACUCGGUCUACAGAGAGCACUGCCCCGGUGAUCCUUCGUGUCGUGCAUUUGGAGUUAUCGACAGCCGGGGGACCGCAUCACCCAUGAUGAAACGAAGUUUGCUGUAUCACCUUCACGGCCAUCAGAUUCGCCCUGGGGUUGAGGUGGAUCCAGAGCAGUUCCAGGAGGUGUAUAGGUCCAAGUAUGGUAAGGUGCGCAUCUUCAAAAUCAUUGGAGUGUCAGAAGAGUCCAAAGCUUGGGUGGCCGAUCCCACCAACAAGCUCUGCGAUGUUCCAGGAAGCUGGUUCUGUCCUGGCCAAUACCCUCCCGCCCUGUCCACCAUUAUUGGCCGAAAGAAGGACUUUGCCCAGCUGGAGGAUUUCAAUCGAGGAGCAGCUGACGAGGAAUAUCAACGCCAGUACUUUGAAUCACUUCAGAACCCCAAGAAAGCAUCAAAGACUGCCAUGCAGGAGGAAAUGCGCCGCAUGAAAGAUUCACAACAACCUGAGGAGCAACGAAAGCGUGUGGAUGAGAUCUACAACACGUGGGCCGAUACGGAAGAGACGACCUUGAUGUGGCGACUCAUCACUAACAACCAAGUGGAAGAAUUGAGGAGCAUCCUGGCAGAGGAACCCACUUUGGCCUUUGUUCGUAGCAAGGAUGGACGUGGUCCCAUGUGGUGGGCAUUUGAGCAACGCCAUCAAGAGAUUACUACCAUCUUGAUGAAGACUGGAGUCCCUCACACAGAUCGUGAUGCACAAGGACUUGCCCCUGCGGACCUCCUUACUGGCAAGGCCUAAGGCUCGCUGUAGGAGGGUUGAAACACUAACAGGCAUUGGUUUUCAACAACAAAAAAGGGUGAAGUUUGCUGUGUCAGGAUAUCUUUUUCAACAUGUUCACAUUUGGUUGGGCUCCGGUACAGCUGGCGUUACUUGAAUACCUAGCUACUAACGUUGUCCAGACUACGCAAAGAGAACCUAAAGUUGUUGCUAUUCAAGCGUUUUUUUGUGCUGUUUGUUGUGGUCGAUCACAACUGGGUGUUUGCCGCUCUCGAAUAUUCCUUCACAUACAUCGUACUAGACCGAGUGAUCGUGAUAGGUUUGUUGUACCUUGAGCAGAGCGCGGGCUUCAAUUUGUCGUAUUCACUCUCGUGUAAGAGACUCAGACUCAGCGACGAGGCUCAUGAUUAACCAGUCUUCGUCUCACUGAAUAUGUAUCGGUGACGGCGUUGUUGACUGUUUGACGGAUCUGUUCCCCUAUUUCUUGGAUUUCCACCAGCACCCGCUCUGCUAUUGUCGGAGUAACCCUACAAACGACUCGCCCAAACUUGUUUGUAACUCCAACAUUCAGUCCACCGUGAUGAUCCACCAUGUCAACGAAUGCCGGUGGAUCCCCUCCAUUGUUCUCGAAGAAAUAGGCAUGUCUCGGCGUGCCGGGAUACAGACUCUGACCUUGAUACUUGAGAAAGUAGAUAUGCUCGUUGCGACUGGUGCCAAUGCUCAAUUCGCUCAUAAUCUCUUGAACGGUAUCGGGAUCCAUGGCCUUGAAAUCCUCAAAAUCAGCAACCUCGGCACCUGACCCAAAGUAUUCUCGACAAAUCUCCUGGUGGUCCGCGUCGGGCAUGUAGAGGCUUGACGUAAGCUUGUAUUCGAGAUCGUCUAAUGCCAUGGCCGCGUGCCAGGCCACAAGAGUGACAGCAAGACGCAAUGGAAGCUUCAUUUUCGUAAACUCCGUCUUUCGUUUCAAGAGCACGAUGGGACAACCAAGAUUGGUGGUUGAUCUUUGCGUGGCCUCCUCGAGGGUGUUGCGACUCCUUGGUAUGGUUGAUCAGGUUGAUCCCCUACUAACUGGCCAUUGGCUUGCUAGUUCAGCAAUAUAUCCCAUUUACACCGCGUUCGCCACCAUCCUCUGCCAAGCACGGUAGUCGUCGAAUUUGCUAGCUAGCUGUAGGAAGGUGCAUUCGUUCAUCCGAAUCGAAUCAGCCCGAUGACCUUGGUAUCUUCGAGUCUUCGAGGUAUCUUCGAGGGAAGUGUGUCUCAAGAGCACGCGGGGCUGUCGCACGAUGUUGCUGCUGGUAACCAAAGAAGUCCAUGGCUGGUCGAAGGCUG